AAGACACAAACUAUCUUAUUUAUACAGAUAAAAGGGCGAGCACUUAACAAGAUAACAAAGGAAGCAGAAUCUGAUACGUUUACCUGGGCUAGGCAUGCAUAUCUUAUUUCCUUACUAACUAUUACCGAUCUUCUUUUAAUGUUUCGCCAUUAGCACCCUUGUUUAUGCCUAAUAUUUCUUUUCCUGGCACCUGUAUUUCAAAAUUUCUUAUUUCUGCUUAAAGGUACAUACAACAUUUCUUUAAUCCAUUCUUAUUUUUACAAUAUAAUUCAUUCUUCUUUCACACCAGCAUCUGUUAAACCCAUGUUUAUUCUGAAUUUCCCAUAAAAUGCAUUGGUUGAAAAUAAAUGUACGUUUUUCAUUUGUGUGCUGCUCUUCUCCAGGUCCUCCAGGGCCCCAGGGCAUGCCAGGUCUUCCCGGAAGAGAUGGGGUUCCUGGGGUGAAAGGACCCCAGGGUGAAAAAGGCAACAAGUGGGAGAGAGGGGAGCCUGGACCACAAGGCCUGCCUGCUUCUGUCGAUCUUGAAUUGCAAGAAAGCCUCCAGAAGUGGGGGGGGGGGGAAAUUCUCGCUACCAAUGGGAAAGAAGUCAAUUUUGAAAGCACAUUAAAAGCAUGUGAACAUACUGGUGGCUCCAUUGCCACCCCCAAGAACCAGGAGGAAAACUAUGCUAUUUUGGAUAUUGUGAAACAGUUUAACAGAUACGCUUAUUUGGGUAUAAGGGAGAGUGAUGUUCCAGGUGAAUUCCAGUAUCUGGAUGGGAAACCUCUGAAUUAUACCAACUGGCGUGCUCGUGAGCCAAAUGGCAAAGGAGGGGAAAACUGUGUGGAGAUGUACACCGAUGGAGGCUGGAAUGACAAAAAAUGCGACCAGUACCACCUCACUAUCUGUGAAUUUUAAAGCAUUUCCUCUCAGUUAUUUCAUAAUGCAGAGUCCUUGCAAUAUUCUGUGUCUCAGACAUAAACAGGAGCCUUUUCUCUCAGCAAUAUAGCUAAUGUCUUCUGUGAUUAUUUUAUCUGAGAGAAACAAAAUCAUGAUGUAAUAUUUUCCUUCCUCAUGCUUACUAAGGAAAUAGUAACUACUGAAGGGGAUUGAUUUGUAACUAGAACUAUGCCUAAUUUGAGAGGGAGUUAAUUAUAGUAACCAAACUCUGCCUUGUCUCACUGUGGCUGAUUAAGCUCCAGGUAAGGAUUUCAGGGUUUGGCUUAGUGUGUUUGAGGAGUCCCAUGCUAAGAUAACUUUGUACAUUCCAUUGUAGUUAC